UUGGCUGUGAGCGGUGUGAAUUAAAGUGCGUGGUUUAAAUUAUUGUUAUUUCACUAAAAUAAUUCCAAUUUUUUUUACAAAUUGUGCAUAAAAGUGUGCAAAAGUGCCUUAGAAAGUAAAAUCAACAAACAUUAGUGUGAAUACAUUGAAGUACAAAGAUUUUUCAAUGGAUUUAUCUGUAAACAAAAUUCGGCGCUCCAUAGCACAGUUGCGCGAAUAUUUGCCGUCGACGCAGCAAUCAGCUGAUGACGACAGAGCGCUGCUCAGGUUUUUAAAUACAAAAGAUCCCGGUGAAAAAGAUGUGGAGGCACUAUUCAAUUAUUUAAGUGACCAUAUAUUGGAACCACGUUGGACUGCAGCUAUUGCUACUUCGUUUGAAAACGUUCUAUUGUUGUUAAUCACACGCAGCAUACCAUACGAUGAACACAUCGACGAAAGCAACUACGAGACAUAUCAGAAAAAAUGUAUUGCGCUGGCCACCAUGAUUCGCCUAUCCGUUGACACAAAUCGCUAUGCCAUCAGUUACUUCCGAAACAAACCCGCACCCUUCCAAUGCCCACAACUGACCGAUGGAACUUCGUCCACAAAACGCUCCAAGAAUAGUACUAAAUUAACUUCAGUUGACAUCGUGAAAUGUUGCUAUCAUUUGUUGUGUGCGAAUCCAGUAUUUUUCAAAGAUCUAUGGAAUUGGUCUGUUUUUCUUGAACAGUUCGUUGACUCAAAGCAAAGUGAUUUGUACCAAGUGUAUUGCAACCAAAUUAUUGCAGUACUGACAAAUAUGAGUGCCUCACAGCUACAAACUAUGAAUGCGCAACUCUCUCCGGCUGCGAUUUUGCAAUUUGACGAAGAACAAAAUUUAAGGCCCACUACGAAAUCCAGUAGUUUUUUUUUAGACUCCAAACCGGAUAAGACAAUUACACUGAAAAUAAAUUCGCAUUUAGUCGCAGGCAUGGAGGGUGUGCUUUUGCCCAUUUUCAAUAAAGACAACUAUGAGUUUUAUUCAACUAAUGACGGUCUGCACGAUACCAUCGUGAAAGUUGAUUCGACUAAAGUUAAUUUACGAAGCAUUGCGUUGGGCAUUGCUUCGGCAAAAGCUAUAUGUCUCUCUGGUCCAGUAGGCUGUGGAAAGACUACACUUGUCGAAUAUUUGGCGCGCAAAACGGGACGCACUUGCCCGAAACCUAGUGAAAUCGAGCAGAGAAAACUUAGAGAUUCUGAAAAUCAACAUAUAAAUAACGGCGGUAUUACAAACGGAAGCGAUAAAGUGCCUGUCGGAAAUAAAAGGAAACAUGAUACUGACGUUUUGAAUGACUUUGAGCAAAGUCUUGACGCCAACGGUAUUAACUCGAACGGUUUCCUACGCAUACAACUAGGCGAUCAAACCGAUAGCAAAAUGCUUUUAGGUCAAUAUCGCUGCACUGACGUUCCCGGUGAGUUCGUUUGGCUGCCCGGUGUUCUAACACAGGCCGUUAUGAAUGGGUAUUGGCUGCUUUUGGAAGACUUAGACUCGGCAACACAAGACACUUACACGAUUUUGAGUAGUCUACUGGAAAAUAAUUACUUGAGCGUGCCUGGUUUCCGUGAUUGCGUCAAAGUCGAACCCGGCUUCCAGUUAUUUGUAACCGUACGUACGAACAAAUCUUCGACAACCGCCGGACAGAAGUCACUCUUUGCACUCUUGGAAAAAUAUCUAUACACAAUAAAUAUUCUGCCACUUUCACGUAAUGAACUCUGCAAAGUGGUUAGCACGAAUUAUCCCAAACUAGCGACAGUAGCUAAUCGCAUAGUCGAUGUGUUUCUUACGUUCUCCAGUGGUAAUCACGCAGCAGCCGAUAAUUUGCGCCAACAAGAAUCUGGUGACAAAGCCGACACCACCGAAAAGUAUAUUGCUUUGCCAUUUGAGCAAGUAUCACUCUCAGAUAUUCCAAACUCCGGCCGUUCGGUGUCCACUCGCGAUCUCAUCAAGCUAUGCCAGCGUUCGAACCCUGUAUUUUCUGUGACUAGCAUGGAAUGUGCUUACUUCGUCUUCCAAAAUGCUGUCGAUGUUUUCUGCUCUUAUCUGCCGCAGGGCCAAGAAAAGACGAAACUUAUCGUCAGCAUCGGCGCCAAAUUGGGUAUUAUUCAGUCGCGUUGUGAAUAUUUUGCAAACGAUUACAAACCUGAGGUGUUCGUGAAUAGCAAUAGAAUAAAGGUUGGUCGCACUGAGCUACAUGCGAGACCACUGGCAGAAUCAUUUGGAGGCGAUAUGGACGAAUUCGAAGAAGAAACGAACGGUGAGGGACCACUGGCAAUUAAGCGACAAAAGUUGAACGACGACGACGACGACGAAAAUCCACUCACUACUAUAAAGCGCACGCUACAAGCGUCAAAGAAUGCCACAUUCUCUUUUACCAGAAUGGCAUCGUGUAUUUUGGAGCGCAUCGCCGUUUGCGUUUCGCAUGCCGAACCUGUACUGCUCGUCGGCGAAACCGGUGUGGGUAAGACAUCCUCCGUGCAGUAUUUGGCCCAGCGUACGUACCACAAACUGGUUGUGGUCAAUAUGAAUAAUCAAUCGGACGUAUCCGAUCUCAUUGGCGGCUUCAAACCGGUCGAUCUAACAUAUGUCAUGACGCCUCUACGCUGUGAGUUCGAGACACUCUUUCGUACCACUUUCAAUGUUGACAAAAAUCAAAUAUUCCUACACAAAAUGGAGAUCUGCUAUAACCAGGGCAAUCACUUGGUUAUAGUUAAACUAAUGUUAACAAUUAUCAAUUCAGUAUUCGGCAAGGCUGAACGCAAUGAGCUGCGACCAAAGGAUAUCGAGAGUCUGCCGCGUUGGCAGAGACUAAAAGUGAACGUGCUCAAAUUGCAUACGCAACUGAGUAAGUCAAUAAACAUUUCGUUUGCUUUCAUACCGGGUUCGCUGGUGAAUUGCAUUAAAAACGGCGAUUGGAUAUUGUUGGACGAAAUAAAUUUGGCCUCAGCAGAGAUGCUUGAGUGUCUGUCGACCAUUUUGGAGCCCGAUGGUUCGGUGGUGCUGCUGGAGCGUGGUGACUUUACGCCGGUAAAGCGACAUCCCGAUUUUCGCAUAUUCGCUUGCAUGAAUCCCAACACCGAUGUCGGCAAGAAGGAUCUACCAGUGGGCAUACGCAAUCGUUUCACAGAAUUUUUCGUCGAUGAACUGACUACAGAUGUCGAUCUAACUUUACUCAUAAGCGACUAUUUGAAAACCACUGGCAUACAACGUAAGAGUGUGGCAAGCUUGGUGCAAUUAUACAAGAAACUGAAGUUGUUGUCGAAGCUCGAGUUGAAUGAUGGUCUUGGCAACCGGCCAGUGUUUUCCUUGCGUACUCUGUGUCGCUCGCUGCGCAUCUGUGCGAAAAACUUGUGCGGCUCUGUGGAACGUAAUCUCUACGAGAGCUUUUGCAUGAGCUUCCUUACACAGUUAGACCCAGUCUCACACAAUGUGGUCUUGCACCUGAUACAACAAGCGCUCUUGAGCAACGUCAAAGCUGUAUUAAAUCAAAGCAUACCGAAACCGGGUGAAAAUUAUCUGAAUUUUGAAGGCUACUGGAUACAGCAAGGUCCCAAAGAGCCGGAGGAGUACAACAGUUACAUUUUGACAAAAAGCGUUAAGGAGAACUUGCGUGAUUUGGCGCGUAUCAUAUCGAUUGGUAAACUCCCGGUGCUGUUGCAGGGUCCUACGAGUGCGGGUAAAACCAGUUUGAUCGAUUACGUGGCAAGGCGAAGCGGUAACCACUGCCUGCGUAUCAACAAUCAUGAGCACACAGAUCUGCAGGAAUAUAUUGGCACAUAUGUCGCUGACGCUACAGGUAAAUUGAGCUUCAAGGAGGGUGUGCUGGUGCAGGCCAUGCGUAAUGGGUAUUGGAUCAUAUUGGACGAGCUGAACUUGGCUUCCACCGAUAUUUUGGAAGCUUUGAAUCGUGUGCUGGACGACAAUCGAGAACUCUUCAUACCCGAAACGCAGACAUUGGUCAAGGCGCAUCCAAACUUCAUGCUGUUCGCCACACAGAACCCGCCCGGCUUGUAUGGUGGUCGUAAAACUUUGUCACGCGCUUUCAAAAAUCGUUUUAUCGAACUACACUUCUCGGAUAUACCACGCGAAGAGCUGGAGAUUAUUUUGGAGAAACGCUGCUUAAUACCACCAUCGUAUGCCAAAAAGAUGGUAAUGUGCAUGUCCGACCUGCAGAAGAAUCGCAAGACCACGACUAAAAAUGUAUUCACUCUGCGUGAUCUCUUCCGCUGGGGCAACCGUUAUACAUUUGCUGACAAGCAGCUACUGCAGGAUACACAGUAUGACUGGAACCAGCACCUCGUUGAGGAGGGUUACUUAGUGCUGUCCGCCAAAGUGCGUACUGACAUCGAAAUCGAAAUUAUCGAGGAGACUUUGUACAAAAACUUCCGCAAGCGCGUCGAUCUUUCUCGUCUCUUCGACGCACAAUCCAGUGCGGAGACAUGCUCGGCAGUGACGCGCAAUAUUAUUGACUCAAUAAGAGCGUAUAAGCUGCGUGCUGAUAUUGUUUGGACACGCAAUAUGACUCGUAUGGCUGUACUGACGGCCAAAGCGCUGCAGUUCAACGAACCCGUGCUGCUUGUCGGCCCCACCGGCUGUGGAAAAACCACCGUGUGUCAGCUGCUGGCCAGCAUAUGUGGCGUACAAUUGCGCAUACUCAAUUGUCACAUGCACACCGAGGGUGCUGAUUUCUUGGGCGGCUUGAGACCAUGUCGCGAAUCGAAUGACGAUAGUAACACUGCUAAGAAGCUCUUUGAGUGGGCUGAUGGACCCCUGAUUCUGUCUAUGCAAGAGGGCUCUUACUUCAUGGCUGAUGAGAUCUCUUUGGCUGAGGACUCAGUGCUGGAACGUUUGAAUUGCAUACUGGAACCUGAACGCACAGUGCUACUAGCCGAGAAGGGCGGAGUUGGAGAGUCGGAUAAUCCAGCGGAAAUAGUCAAAGAUUUUGUUGUACAGGCGAAAGCGGGUUUCCAGUUUCUGGCCACCAUGAAUCCCGGUGGUGAUUUCGGCAAAAAGGAGCUUUCGCCUGCGUUGCGCAAUCGUUUCACCGAAAUCUGGUGCUUGCCUUCUGACACCAAAGAGGAUCUGAUACAAAUUGCCAGCAACUGCAUGCUGGAGAGCGCACAAAUGGCAUCGAACACAAGCAAAGAAGAGAUUACGAAAAUUGCCAGCUACCUUGUGGAAGUAGUGUUGUACAUGCGUGACGUUAUUGAGAAAUUUAGAUACUCUAUACGUGACAUAUUGGCCUGGGCAAACUAUAUUGCCAGCAAUGCACAUUUAACAUUUGCGGAGAAAGCCAUUUUUGGUUUAGAAACAAUUUUCCUAGAUGCAUUGGAACUCUUGCCGCACGAGUCCUUGGCGAAGGUUGAGUUACUCCGGAGACAGAUUGUGGAAUUUGCCAUUAAAGAGGCUGCGCUCAUUUUAAACGAAAGAUUCACCUUCGACGAUUUGACAGAAAAACGCGGCACGGAAGUAGUGCACUCCUUCGAAAAAUUCGGUAUCAAGCCUUUCUUUAUAUCCACCAACAGCGACUCCAAUAUCGGCGCAAGCAAGAACUUUUUAUUCGAAGCGCCCACUACCAAGCAAAACCUAUUUCGUUUGCUCUCGGCGCUUUCCUUGCGAAAACCGAUUCUGCUGGAGGGGCCCCCAGGCGUUGGCAAGACUUCCACUGUGGAGAGCAUAGCUGCCGCGAUUGGCUAUCGCAUUGUGCGUAUAAAUCUCUGCGAGCACACAGAUUUGGCUGACCUAUUUGGCACGGAUCUGCCAGCCGAAGACAAUAUCCUGGACGCAGCUGUAAUAGAAGGCAGUGCAGAAGACAAAGCUGGGUUUGCAGGUGCGUUCGUAUGGCGCGACGGUCCAUUAUUGGCCGCUUUGAAGGCCGAUAACACCUGGAUUUUGCUGGAUGAACUGAACUUGGCGCCACAAUCGGUGCUGGAGGGUCUCAAUGCAAUACUCGAUCAUCGUGGUGAGGUUUACAUACCCGAAUUGAAUAAAACAUUUACACUGAAUAAACAGACGCGCGUUUUCGCCUGCCAGAAUCCACUCAAACAAGGCGGUGGCCGCAAAGGUUUGCCACAAUCUUUUCUAAAUCGUUUCAACAAAGUCUACCUACGCAAACUCACAACGCAAGAUCUGCUCUUCGUUGUAAAUGGUAAAUACGAAGCAUAUUUCGAGAAACUUCGUGCGCGCUUCGUCAAACUGCUCACCAACUGUGACGUCGGCGGCGAAGCCAAUCUAUUUGACUUAUACCAAACAAUAUCGAAGGGUGUGCCUUUUGAUGAGUCUUCUAAUGGAGUAGGCGACACCGCACCCGGCAUCGCAUUAGAUGUGACCAAUAGACUUGUAAAGUUCUCCGAAACACUCGAUACCGGCAUAGGGGCCUUGGAGUUCGGUUACCGCGGUGGCCCUUUCGAAAUAAACCUACGCGACGUUCUUCGUUGGUGCGAUUUGCUGGUGCAUCCAGAGACGGAAUUCAUUUUCCAAGCCGAUAGCUGUUCAGCAGCCACCACUCCUUUGGAUCUGUUUCGCAAGAAUUUCGAAAACUUUCUGUUAACAUUGUAUGAGCGCAUGAAGUUGGUUUACUACCAGCGCAUGCGCUGUGACGAGGACAAACGUUUCAUACGCAAUGCAUUCGCCGAAGUAUUCGCUUGUGAUGCCGAUCAACUUAACAGCAUAUCCGAGGAUGUCUCACUCUAUUGGACAUCUGAGAAAAUCUAUUUGAAUGACAUUGUGAUAGAUCGCAGUGGUGAUGGGCAGGCGCUGCGCUCGUUGCGUGGUAAAGAUUUAUGUCCGAUUGUGCUGAACUCUCAGCGCGAGAUAUUGAAAAAUAUGGUGGAGUGUGUGCGAAUGGGUAAGCCGGUACUGCUAUGCGGACCGACCGACACCGGCAAGACGAAGUUAAUUGAUCUGUUGUGCACGCUCUCGAAUCAGGUGUGCAAUACGGACACAAUAGACGACUCUGUGACGGGCAGUUUCCAACAGAUUGAUUUGAACAGACAUUUAGAGGAGAUAUCGCAAAGUGUGGAGGCCGUGCUUGCCUCGCAGCUGCGUACCAUGAUACUUGAACGUAAAUCAAAUGCUUACAAAACCGCUGCCGAGUUGCUACAUAUUUGGAGUGCAUAUUCGAAGGAAUCCAAUGCUAAACUUGCCAACAACAAUGCCACAUCUAUGGCGGAUGAACUGGCGAGUUUCCGCAAACGCAUACAACGCCUAAAUAAAGCCAUCACUGCUCUGUUGGAACUCUCAAAUAAUGGCAGCACAGAAAAUCGUUCGCCAUCUUACAAAGACACUCUAUUUCAACAGCAAAAUCGGCUUAACACCCUGGAAAAUCAUGUGCGCAACGCUGACACACUCAACACGGGUGGCUCCUUCGAGUGGGUUGACUCCAAAAUCGUUAAAUCGCUCAAAUUCGGUCAAUACAUUUUGUUGGAGCAUGUAAAUUUGUGCUCCUCCGCAGUUUUAGAUCGUCUCAAUCCGGUAUUCGAGCCGAACGGUAACCUCUUAAUAUCGGAGAAAGGUGUGUCGGCAAAUGAAGGCGCUGAAAUUGUUGAGAAAGCGCCGAACUUCCGUGCCUUCCUCACAAUCGAUCCCAAAAACGGUGAAUUGUCACGUGCGAUGCGCAACCGCUGUGUGGAGCUAGCAAUAGCGAAGGACACCUAUAGCACGGACGACAUGCGCUUGAUUGUCUACAAGAACGGAGUACGCGGCAUGGUGGCGAUUAACUGCAUACUCGACAUUCACAAACGCUUAAUGCAAUCGACGCCAAUCAACAACUACAACAUCACGCAUCUCACACAGUUUGCAUUCCUCACCGCCUCUUAUGCGCGUAUUGGCUACGAUAUGGAGCGUGCCAUCUAUGUGAGUGGCAUGGAAGUGUAUGUGUAUUCUGCAAAUACCGAUCUCAUGGGCUACGGUCUGGCGUAUUAUCAGAAUCAGUUGCGCGAGAUUGUUUUGGACGAAACCAAGAAAUUCGGUUUGCUUGCGCCGGCAGCGGUUGUGGACGAAGAGAUUUUACGCGACAUUGUGCUGCCUGCCGAUGAGCUACAUGCACUCUCCUUGAUCAAACUCCAAACUGAGCCGCUGCGUAGUCUGCUCCGUUACGAUGAACGUGCCCAAACGGCACUCGCAGAUGUCUUUGCUGAGUUCGCCAAGCUAGACUUGAUCACAGUGGAUCGCCAGCAAAUUAUAAGGUUCUGCAUCUAUAUGCUAUAUGAAUGCAGCACUGUAAACGAUGUGGAGUUGCGUUAUUUGUAUUUGGAGAAGGUGCUAAGCGCACACCCAGCUUUGAAUAGUUUAUCGAAGUCUCUCUAUGGCUGCAUAAAGCAUUUCAGCGCGCACUUCGAGUCCACCCUAAAUGAGCUGCCAUGGAAUAACAAACUAUUUUCGCGCAUACGUGCCUACGCCAGCCAACCAGCGGACGUGAUAAAUCACAAGAGUUUCUGCUUGAGCGCACAACUGGUCGCCAAUCUGCUGCUGCUGUCUGUGCCGCAGUCCCACACAGUAAACAUCGGUGAGGCAGAUGCGCUCAGCUAUUCACAAAUUGUUGCCGUGGACCCAGUGGCCGAUCGUUACGAAAAUGUGCUGCUACAGAAUCUCUCUCAUUUCAUUACGAGCCUGCGCGAAGUGCUAAGUGCAUCGUUAGACUACGCGCACAUCGAUGUGGAGACGUUCUCCGCACUGGUAACAGCAUAUUUAUGGUAUAACCGCUUUCUGAGCAUAACUCAGGAAAAAUUGGUAGUGAAGAAGGAACUGAACAGGCGUCUUUUGGAUAGGUUGGUGUUGCAUUUUAAGUGGCUGGAGAAGAAUUUGCUCCAAUUGCUCACCAAGAUGCUGCCAAACUACUGCCAAUUAAAUGCGGAUUACAACAACAGCCUGCAGCAAAUAAGUAACUAUAUAGUCAGCAUUAAACAGCCGCUCAAUUUGAUGCGUAAGAUCUACAACAAACACCUCACAUAUUUCCCGCCGUUCUAUCAAGAAGAACAGAUCCAAUUCCACAAGUUGGUUAGAGUUUUGGACCAAUUGCUGAUUGUGGUGCCCUCCUAUGGCAGUUAUACAACAGAACUCGUGCUAAAGAAGUUUCUGGCGCAGAACUCCGUCAGUGCCAGACGCUCACGUGCCAUUGUAAACAAAUGCUUGGAGCACCGCGCCAAUGCCAACGUGAAGCAGAUUAAUUUACAACCAUCGCAGGGCGCCCAAAUACCCGAGACGCUGAAGUCCGCUUUGCUGGAGUUCAUAAAAAACACAAAUGAAAGCAGCGACUGGACCUAUGAAGGUUUAGAUGAACUCCAAGCCGCAAUCGAUGCGCUUCAAAGUGAGAUUCAAUCAAUGGAAGAGCUGGAGGUGGCGCGUCAACCGAAGGAAUUCGAGCUUCGCUUGCUCUCGCUACGUGAGUUUUAUCUGACGAAAGCGUUAUGUGGUUUCGGCAGUAGCAGCACAGCAUCCUACAUGCAAGUCAGUGAGUUUUACUGCGAGGAAAUACCUUCGCUAAGUAGCACCACAUGGCAUUUAAUAAAGGUAUACAACUCGGGCAUCUAUAAGCAUUUCGAGAAAGUGUGGAGGCAGCUACUGUCACAUUUGUCGUCUGUAACUAGUGUCGAGGAAUUCCAACAGCUUUUGUCAUACUUAAAUGGCGGUUACAAAAUCUUAAAUUCCUACCACGCCCACCUGCGUAAUGCGGCGAACAACAUGCAGCUAAUGAACCUAGCCAUACGCGAGACCUCGACCAAUGUGCUGCGUGCUGCGGAGGAUAUUGACUGUACCUACUCAUAUGAUGGCUGCAGCUUCCUGAAUGUGUUCCUCUCGCUAGUGUUCCAGGAGAACGGUACCCUGCGUCCAGUGCCACUCAACGAAAUGAGCGAAUGGCAGGCCACAUUGAAGCAGUUGCAGCAACUACUCUGGCAAAAUACCGAUAUGCUGACAACACAAAAUAAUAUUUCCCAAAACAAUUUGCUCUUGGCCCAGGACAGCGCGCGGAAGCUGCUACACGAGGUGGCAUACGUAAAGAAAUUGUGUGAGAGCUUGGAAAAUGAGAACUUCAGCGAAUACAACGAGAGCUUCCAGAAAUUGGUGCAGUCGCUUCAUGCUGUACACGACGCAAGUUUGACUAUCAAACGUGCCGAUAACGCUCCACAACAACAAAAUAUGUUUCUUUAUCAGUCCAUCCAAUAUAGCGCGUCAGUGCUGAGCAGUCUCGUGGGUGCGGUCGAACUCUGUUUACUGACAUUCACGCCUCUCAUCGAUCCGGUCGAAAAGAAUCGACUGAAGAAUAUGUAUGUGGUGGAGGAUAUAAAUUGUUUAACCACCAUGACAACGGUGUAUGAUUUUAUGCGCAUUGUCAUGAAAUAUCAGCACUUCGGCGGUGAAAUUUACGACGCUUUCGAGGAGCGCCUGAAGUUGCUGCAAGCGAAACAGCAAAAAUUCGCGCAAAAGUUAGCUUUGCGUCCGUCGGAGUGCCUCUACAGCAAGCUUGUCGAUGACAUAGCGCACUAUCUCAAAACAAACUGCGCACCGCAAGCACUUCUGGGUCUCAUACAGAGCGCCCAGAAAUCGUGGACGCAGCUCACAAUCGAUUUCAAUACAAAUUCAGCGGCGCAAAUACUCGGCAACAGCACGGAAGUACUGAACAGACUCAAUUUGUGGAUCAUCAACUCCCAGCGCUUCCUCAAUCAUACUUUGAAAGCGUACAUGGAUCACUAUCAGGAUUUCAUACAGCCGCUGCAGUAUUCUAUUGACCACUUGCGCUUCGGUUUUGAGGGUCUAAAAGUUGUGCUAACUCAAGCGAGCAGCAACAUUUCGCAAUUGGAGGGCGCGAGGGUGUAUACGAAUUUGAACGCCAACGAUCGCCUCUCACACGCCUUGGCCAAUAUUGCCGAGUUCCCGGCUGCGCACCAGCUAAUGGAAGGCGAAGCAAAGACGUCAACUCGUGCUUUACUCAAGCAACGAUCGUUCAUAAAUAGCCUGAUUAAACAGCUGCCACAUAGCGAGCACAGCUACUUCGGCUUACUCAAAGCCAAGCUCGUCGAAUUGCAUAACACCAUUGCGAUUUCAGCGCACAUCAACGAAGCGAUCUUCAGCGAACUGGAUUAUAUUUUUAAUGUGUCGAAUCAAAUAUGGCAGGCGGAAGAGGAGCGCAGACGCGCACUAAAGGCAGAGGAGGAGAGCCUCUAUGUGAAUAAGACGAAAUGCAUCGAAGAAGACGAGGAACUGCUCGAGCUACAAGAGAUCGAAUCACAUUUCCCCACGAAUGUGGAAGAGGACUAUGGCGAUUUUCUGAUCGAAGCCACUUUAGAGAAGGUUGUGAAACUGGACAAGAAAUCGAACUUGAAGUCGCAAAAGACGCAAGUGAUUCGCGACGGAGACUACUCAUUCUUGGCGACACAUUUCAUUGAACUCAUGGAAAACUACACGCGCGUCUACUACCAUAAACGCACAGCUGCUGGCGCUGCACAGCAAUUGGACUUCGUGGAACCCUUCCAGGCACGCAUGCAAGCAUUUGUGCCGUUAUAUGCGCAUUACAAGCGCGGCUUAAACGACUGGAUGACUGAGGCCGCGUACAACAGCUGUAUUUUCGCAUUAGCGCUGCAACAACAGCAACUUACCAGUACAGAUGCCGCGCCACUGCUGGCCAGAACUACGCGCAGCUACAAUUACUAUAAGGAUGCCAAUAUACCAGAAAUAAUAGGCUGUAUGGAUCUGCUGAAGGACAUUGAGGCGCUCGCGGACGCGCAGCUCGCCUUGUAUCCAGAGCAUGCCAGCUUGAUAGACAUCAAGCGCGUGAUCGAGAGAAUACGUACGCUGCCCGCUACGGCGCCAGUUGUGCGUUUUAACACGGGCUUCCAGCUGUUGCGCCAGAAGCUCGCACAGUGGAACGAGGUGGCCCACAAGGGCAAUCACAUGCGCCAAGAAGAGGUCGCCGUGGCGGAAUAUGUACAGCGUUGGAUGAAGAUCGAGCUGCAAUGCUGGCGUAAUUGUCUCAACGAAACGAAGGAAAAGAUCGAGUCGAAUGCCCACAAGUACUGGUUCUUCAUCUAUCAGCUGCUGCAGGAGUAUUUGCGCGAACGUGAGCUGAACAGUUCUUAUACCGACAUUAGAAAUGCCGAAAAGCGUUUUGGCGAUGGCGAGGUGCUGGACGAGUCCGAGGUGGAGCGAAAGUCCAAAGUCAAUGUCAACGAUAUUGUGCACAUACUGCGGCAGUUCGUCGAGGCGGCCAAUUAUGGUGACUUCCACGUGCGCUUACAACUCUUACAAGCAUUCGAACUGUAUUUACACAACGUUGAGAAUUUGUCAGUCGACAGCAGCGGCACGGUUGCCGAAGAUUGUCGGGCACUGAUUGCCGGUUUGCACAAUCUACAAAUCUAUUUUGCGCAGUUCGCGCAGGAGAUCGAGGAGACUGCGCACAGUAUGCGCACGCCUAUCGAGAAGAAGCUGAAGGAGCUGGUUAAGAUCGAAAGCUAUAACAAGGACUUGUCAUACUUCAGCAUGCGUAACAAUGUGGCACGUGUGCAUCGCAAUCUCAAUAAGUUCCUCAAGGAAUACCAACAACAAUUGCAGCAAAAGAUUACACCGGUCUUCCAGCCAAAGGAUGCCACAGUAAAGGAUUACAACUUCGAAAAUGAUAAGGGACGAGAACUGCGCUACGAUACUCGUAUUAAAUAUUACUUGGUGGAAGUUAAGAAUUUCGUAGCAGCACAAAAGCUCGCCGAUAAAUAUGCUGUGAGCGAAGAGAGCGCUGGCAACGACCUAGUGACCGAAGAACAUUCCGAGCAACUGCUUUUAAAUAAAGUUGGACGUCUCUUCAAGACAUCGCGCAAUGUCGUCAAGGAAACUGUAAGCAACGCAAACUUCUCUAAACUUAUAAUUGCAUUGGAUAGCGUGCUCUGUGUGCAGCUGGAACGAUGUGAUGAGUUGCGUGCGCUUAGCGUGGACCGCUCGAAAGAGCGUCCAAAACAGCUGCUGGAAGCCAAGCAAAUAUUGCAACAAAAGCGCAAAGGACUAACCGAUCUAUUUAAGACGUUGGCGCAACUCGGCCUAAGCUUCAAAGCCGGUCUAAUGGAGCUGUCCUUGCGCACAGACUUCACCGAGUUCACACUGCCGCCGUUCUGCAUCAAAACCAUGCUCGGCGCACGCACCGAUAAGCGCUUACACACCAACGUGCUGCACUUGAACGAGAACCUCGAUCGUUACUACGCGAAAUGUGAGUUCAAGCUGCGGCUACUGCAAAACAUUAUGCUGGCACCACCGUCCGAGCUAGGCCCACCCAACAUUGAGCGCAUCAAAGGCUUUGCCGUCGACAUGUUUCUGCUAGUGCAAAGCCAGAGGCGUCAACUCGCAAACACCAGCAAGCAAAUUUAUAACCUGGAUGUGCUGAUGCAGCACAUUCAAGAGAUCUACGACGUCUGUUGCAUUGGUGAUUCGGCGAAGGCCGUGGAUGGUCUGGCAUUCAGUGCCGCUCGCGAUAAUUACCUGGCGUUGCGUGAGUCUAUAUCUCGCAUGCGCUACGUGAUGGAGCAGUUCCUCCUGCUUUUGGCAUGUGCGCCGUCGACCGCCGCCGUUGAGCACUCUGUGCUAACGAAAAGUGAAAAUCACUUGUUGCAGAGCUCUCCUUUCUACACAACAAUCACGGGCAACUGUCAUGAGGUGCUCAAAACUGCAAAGUUCACACUUGCCGAUAUGCUCAGCCAUGACAAGGAGUUCCCGAACAUAGAGAAAGUAGCAGCCUACCAGGCUACGCAUGAGAAACUGUGCCACAUACUACAGCAACUUGUGAACAGUUUGAGAACAGUCUCAGGUGAACCACUGCCUGUUGCAAAACCGAUCGUGGAGCUGCUUGCUUUCGUGGAUUCUUGCAACAAACGUUGCUAUACACCCGCGAACGACAAUGCGCUCACAGAUUUAGAAAAUUUAGACGCUGUACUGGAACAUAUACUACACGACGUACUGUUGUCCUUGCAAAAACUGUAUAAAAAAUACGCGCAGGUAACCGGCGAAGAGUCCGGGGAGUUGUCGUCGCCCAACAGAGGCCGCAAUGAGCUCGAGUUGCAAGAAAAGCACCUAAAGGAGCAGCUGCAUGCGGCGCUCGAGUCUGACUGGCAGGCAUUGAAUAUCACCAAUAUUGUCGAGCAACUGUCAAAUGUGUUGAUCACGUUGAAACACGCCACUCCGAGUCAGCCGAAAUUGGCUUGUGCUCGCAAACUCACCACACUUAUGCCAAUACUGGAGCAAUACUAUUUGUUGGCCGACUACUAUCUUUUCCAGCAGCUGGGUGCGCACAAGGUUUCGGCGAAGAUGCUUUCGGUCAUGCUGACGGUGUUUGUGGAGAUUGGCAGUAAAGGAUUCUGUGUGCCACCCGAUCUAAUGCAAGAUGAGGAGGGUCAAGCUAAGGACCAAAAAGAUGGGGAAGGCUUUGGUUUGGAAGACGGUACUGGAGAAAAAGACGCUUCAGACAAAAUUGAAUCGGAAGAUCAGCUGGACGAUGCAAAACGCCCAGAAGACCGCAAGGAAGAAGAAGGCAAACAGCCAGAGGACUGCAAACAAGACAAGAGCAUCGAUGUUAGUGAAGAUUUUGAUGCCAAUGCGCAAGAUUUGGAGAAGCCAGAAGACGACGAUAGUGGUGAGUCGGAGGCUGAUGAUGAGUUGGACAAAGAAAUGGGUGAGACUGGUGCGGAGGCUGAUAAGUUGGACGAACAAAUUUGGGGCGAUGACGAAGAGCAGAAAGAAGAGGAGGAUGAAGAGAACGAACUAGAAGAAGAUCAGGGAAAAGGUACAAAAGAUGAAAAGGACACUCACAACGAUCUGGAUACGAAGAACGAUGCUGCCAAUGAAAACGAUCAAGAAAAUGAGGGAUUAGAUGCAGCUAAUGAGACAACAAAUGAGAAACGCAAACAACAAGAAAAAGAUAUUGACAAUAUGAAGGAGCCUGAGGUGGAUGAAGAUCAAGCCAAUCCGUACCAUAAUGAAUUAGAAGAACCACCAGAGCCAGAAGAAAUGGAUUUAGGUGAUAUGAACAUGGAUAAUGAUAAGGAGGAGGGUGAUGACCAGCGAGAGCUUGAAGAAAACCCCUUCGAUAUUGAUACAAUGAAAGAAAAUAUGGAGAUAACAGAAGAACAGACCAAAGAAGAUGAUACUAAAGAAGAAAACGGAGAUGACAAUGAAAACAAAGCAGACGAUAGUGAUACAGAAGAUGACGAUGGCAACAUCGAACUACGCAAGGAAGAAAAAGGUGAAGAAGAAAAACAAGAAGAAGACGCGAACGAGGAAGAGAACACUGAGCCAGAGACACAGACACGUGGCGAAAAGGAGCCCGAGCAACAAGAAGAUGAAAAACAAGAAGAAAAUGAGAAAGAACGCGCCGAGAAGCCGGAAGAAUAUGAACAGUCCAAAGACAAAAUGAGUAAAGAGGACAAUGUGCAAUCAGUGCCAGAAACCGAAAAUGACGGCACUCCGGAUCAGGUGCAAAACGAAAAUGACCAAGAUGUGAAACAGGAUCAAAAAUUGGACGAACAAGAUACCGGUGAAGAGAAAGACGGUGUAGGACAGGCAGAAAAUGAUACUAAUGAAGGCGGCCACCAGGGCAUUGCUGAGACUAAAGAAAAAGUAGCACAGGACGAAAGCGCGAAGGAGCAGAAACCGCAAGAGAAACGUAAACAAGGCAAGACAGACGAAGAACGUACAUUAGGUGAAGCGGAGAAAAAUAAGCUGAAACAGUUGAAGACAAUAGAUAAAAUUAAAGAGCAACAACAUCAGCCGAAAGAGGACGAUCUGGAAGAGGACAAAGAAGCAGAUGCCGAAGAAUUCCAGCACGUAAAAGAUCCCAAGAACAGCGAUAAGACAACACUGGACAAUGCCACAGAAGAGCAAUCCAAGAAGAUUAAGCAUCAAGAAGACGAAGAGAAAGAGGAAGCUGCAAACGAAGAUGCGGAGAAUAAUGAGAUCCUAGAUGAGGAAGAAGAGACUGAUAAGCAGGACGAUAACGAGCAAAAUCUCGAGGAGAUGAGUGCGGAGAAGUUUGAUCAGAAAUCGGACAAACCAUCUAAGACCGAACGCAAUAAAGAAGCCAUGGAGGAUAAAUUAGAAAUGGAAGUCGAAGGCGAAGACGUGCCCACCAUGACGGUGCCACGAAAUGACGAUACAACGGCGCACUGCAAUAAGGAAAUACUACUGGAGCACCUAACACGCAGCGAGGAGUUGAGCACAGCUGAGUUGCUGGAAAUGCGCAGGACGUACCAAGAGCAGCUGACCGCUAAUAAAACAUCGCUACCAGUACAUGAGGAUUACGAGACUUGGCAAACAGUAUCGAAUCGUAUGGCACAGAACGCGCGCGAAUUGUGUGAGCAGCUGAGACUCAUUUUAGAGCCCACUAAAUGCACGCGUCUAAAGGGCGACUACCGCACGGGGCGACGCAUCAACAUGAAGAAAAUCAUUCCCUACAUUGCGUCACAGUUCCGCAAGGACAAAAUAUGGUUGCGACGCACGAAAGCCGCACAACGUGACUAUAAAAUUACCAUCGCCAUCGAUGACUCCAAGUCCAUGCACCAUAAUAAUUCCAAAACGCUCACACUCGAAGCAAUCUCACUGGUUUCGCAAGCACUAACAUUACUAGAGAGCGGUCGUUUGAGCAUUGUGUCCUUCGGCGAAUCACCACAAAUCAUACUCAACCAUACAGAGCAAUUCGAUGGUCCAAAGCUGGUGAAUGCGCUAAAUUUUGCACAGGAUAAGACGAAAAUUGCCGAAUUGCUCGAUUUCGUGCGUAUCGCAAACACAGAGGAGGCUGCACUGGGCACCGACAAUGGACUCUUCGAAAACCUGUUGCUUGUGCUGAGUGAUGGACGUAAUAUUUUCAGUGAAGGACGCGUCAAGGUGCGCAAUGCGAUAAAGUUGGCGCGUCUUCAGCGAAUUUUCUUGGUUUAUAUAAUAAUUGAUAAUCCGGAAAAUAAGGACUCCAUACUUGACAUACAAACUAUGGAAAUGCUUCCUGACAAACGCAUCAACAUCAAAUCUUACUUGGAGGACUUCCCAUUCCCGUAUUAUGUGAUCGUGCGCGACUUAAAUCAAUUGCCACUCGUGCUGAGCGAGGCUAUGCGUCAAUGGUUCGAAUUGGUGAACAGCGAAAUGUGAGUCUGUCAGCUCAGAAUUCGGCAAUUACAUUUGUUUAACGGUGUUUACGCAUUUCAUUUCGUUUUUGAGAAUAUGUUUAGUGAAUUAUAUAACUAUUAAGUUUAUGCGCAAAAACAAAAAAAAAAAAAAUAAAAAAAAAUGU